AUGCAGAAGAGCGUGCGCUACAACGAGGGGCACGCCCUGUACCUCGCCUUCCUGGCCCGCAAGGAGGGCACCAAACGCGGCUUCCUGAGCAAGAAAGCAGCCGAGGCGAGUCGCUGGCACGAGAAGUGGUUCGCUCUCUACCAGAAUGUGCUCUUCUACUUCGAGGGCGAACAGAGCGGCCGCCCGGCGGGCAUGUACCUCCUGGAGGGCUGCAGCUGCGAGCGGGCGCCCGCGCCGCCCAGGGCCGGGGUCGGGCCAGGCGGCGCCCGGGACGCGCUGGACAAGCAGUAUUACUUUACUGUUCUCUUUGGCCAUGAAGGUCAGAAAGCUCUGGAGCUGCGCUGUGAGGAGGAGCAGGAUGGUAGAGAGUGGAUGGAGGCCAUUCACCAAGCCAGUUACGCAGACAUUCUGAUUGAGAGGGAAGUGUUAAUGCAGAAGUAUAUUCAUCUAGUUCAGAUCGUAGAAACAGAAAAAAUUGCAGCUAACCAGCUCCGGCAUCAACUUGAAGAUCAAGAUACAGAAAUUGAAAGACUUAAAUCAGAGAUUAUUGCUCUUAAUAAAACCAAGGAACGAAUGCGGCCUUACCAAAGCAAUCAAGAAGAUGAGGAUCCAGACAUCAAGAAGAUUAAAAAGGUUCAGAGCUUCAUGAGAGGAUGGUUGUGUAGAAGGAAAUGGAAGACUAUUGUGCAGGAUUACAUUUGUUCUCCUCACGCUGAAAGUAUGAGGAAGAGAAACCAGAUUGUGUUCACCAUGGUUGAAGCCGAGUCGGAGUACGUUCACCAGCUCUACAUCCUGGUCAAUGGCUUCCUCCGGCCCCUGAGAAUGGCGGCCAGCUCCAAGAAGCCUCCCAUCAGCCAUGAUGAUGUCAGCAGCAUUUUUCUCAACAGUGAAACGAUCAUGUUUCUUCAUGAAAUAUUUCACCAAGGACUGAAGGCAAGGAUAGCAAACUGGCCUACUCUAAUUUUAGCUGAUCUGUUUGAUAUUUUGCUCCCCAUGUUGAACAUUUAUCAAGAAUUUGUGCGUAAUCACCAGUACAGCCUCCAAGUGCUUGCCAAUUGUAAGCAAAACAGAGAUUUUGACAAACUCUUAAAACAGUACGAAGCCAACCCUGCCUGUGAGGGGAGGAUGCUGGAAACCUUCCUGACCUAUCCAAUGUUUCAGAUCCCCAGGUAUAUCAUCACACUUCAUGAACUCCUAGCUCAUACACCCCAUGAGCAUGUGGAAAGGAAAAGUCUGGAGUUUGCUAAAUCGAAACUAGAGGAACUGUCCAGGAUAAUGCACGAUGAAGUGAGUGACACUGAAAACAUAAGGAAGAACCUUGCCAUAGAAAGAAUGAUCGUAGAGGGCUGUGAUAUUUUGCUGGACACCAGCCAGACUUUCAUCCGCCAAGGUUCUCUUAUUCAAGUACCUUCUGUUGAGAGGGGGAAACUUAGUAAAGUUCGCCUGGGUUCAUUGUCUUUGAAAAAGGAAGGAGAAAGACAGUGCUUCUUAUUUACAAAACACUUUUUAAUUUGUACGAGAAGCUCAGGAGGAAAGCUCCAUCUGCUCAAGACAGGUGGGGUUCUCUCUCUAAUAGAAUGUACGUUGAUUGAGGAGCCCGAUGCGAGUGAUGAUGACUCCAAAGGUUCUGGGCAAGUGUUUGGACACCUGGAUUUUAAAAUAGUAGUGGAGCCUCCUGAUUCUGCCCCUUUCACUGUAGUCUUGUUAGCACCUUCACGCCAGGAGAAAGCUGCCUGGACGAGUGACAUAAGUCAGUGUGUGGACAAUAUACGGUGUAAUGGUUUAAUGACUAUAGUAUUUGAAGAGAAUUCCAAGGUUACUGUGCCACAUAUGAUUAAGUCUGAUGCCCGUCUUCAUAAAGAUGACACCGACAUUUGCUUCAGUAAAACACUGAACUCCUGCAAAGUGCCCCAGAUCCGCUAUGCCAGUGUGGAGCGCCUCCUGGAGCGGCUGACAGACUUGCGGUUUCUCAGUAUCGAUUUCCUCAACACCUUUCUGCACACCUAUCGUAUUUUCACUACGGCAGCUGUGGUGCUGGCCAAACUUUCCGACAUAUACAAGAGGCCUUUUACCUCCAUCCCUGUCAGGUCAUUAGAAUUGUUUUUUGCCACCAGCCAGAACAAUAGAGGUGAACAUUUGGUGGAUGGCAAAUCCCCACGCUUGUGUCGCAAAUUCUCUUCCCCACCACCGCUGGCUGUGUCCAGGACGUCCUCCCCAGUGAGGGCCAGAAAGCUGUCCUUGACUUCUCCGUUGAACUCAAGGAUAGGAGCGUUGGACCUGACUACCUGCUCAGCGUCCAGCAGUCCUACCACCACCUACAGCCCUGCUGCAUCCCCGCCACCGCACACUGGCAAAGUACCGUUGGAUCUUAGCAGAGGCCUUCCUUCUCCAGAACAAAGCCCGGGAUCUAUAGAGGAGCCUGUAGAUAACCCCCGCGUGGAUCUGUGUAACAAGCUAAAACGAAGUAUUCAAAGAGCUGUCCUAGAGUCUGCACCCGUGGACCGAGCAGGAAUGGAAAGCUCUCCGGUGGCGGACAGCACGGACCUUUCACCUUGCCGGUCACCCUCCACUCCUCAGCACCUUCGUUAUCGUCAGCCUGUAGGACAGACGGCUGACAACUCCCACUGCUCUGUUUCGCCGGCGUCUGCUUUUGCCAUUGCCACAGCAGCGGCAGGACACGGAAGUCCACCAGGAUUUAACAACACUGAGAGGACAUGCGACAAAGAGUUUAUUAUUCGGAGAACAGCCACCAAUCGAGUCCUGAAUGUCCUCCGUCACUGGGUCUCAAAGCACGCACAGGAUUUUGAACUCAACAACGAACUAAAGAUGAAUGUCCUCAAUUUACUAGAAGAAGUUUUGCGAGACCCAGACCUUCUUCCCCAGGAAAGGAAAGCCACGGCGAAUAUCCUGAGGGCCCUUUCACAAGACGAUCAAGAUGACAUCCACCUAAAAUUAGAGGAUAUAAUUCAACUGACAGACUGUCCGAAGGCUGAGUGCUUUGAGACCUUGUCAGCCAUGGAGCUGGCCGAGCAGAUCACCCUCCUGGACCACAUCGUCUUCAGAAGCAUUCCCUAUGAAGAAUUUCUUGGGCAGGGGUGGAUGAAGCUGGAUAAAAAUGAAAGAACACCUUACAUUAUGAAAACCAGCCAACACUUCAAUGAUAUGAGUAACCUGGUGGCGUCCCAGAUAAUGAAUUAUGCCGAUGUCAGCUCCCGCACCGUCGCGAUAGAGAAGUGGGUGGCCGUGGCGGACAUUUGCCGAUGCCUGCACAACUACAAUGGCGUCCUGGAGAUCACCUCAGCCUUAAACAGAAGUGCCAUCUACAGGCUGAAGAAAACCUGGGCCAAGGUGUCCAAGCAGACGAAAGCUCUCAUGGACAAGCUUCAGAAGACUGUUUCAUCUGAAGGAAGAUUUAAAAAUCUCAGAGAAACCCUUAAAAACUGUAACCCCCCAGCUGUUCCUUAUCUGGGGAUGUACCUGACGGACCUGGCGUUUAUUGAAGAGGGAACACCAAACUUUACCGAGGAAGGCCUUGUUAAUUUCUCCAAGAUGAGAAUGAUAUCACACAUCAUCAGAGAGAUACGCCAAUUCCAGCAGACUUGCUAUCGAAUAGACCAUCAGCCAAAGGUCACUCAGUACCUGCUUGACAAAGCCCUCAUCAUAGAUGAAGAUACGCUGUAUGAACUGUCACUAAAAAUUGAACCUCGGCUCCCUGCUUGA